AUGAGGCGCUCUUUCGAGGCUCUGGAUCUGAGAAGCCACGCUUUCGAACGGACUCGUGCUGUCGGGCUGCACAAACGGCACGCCAGUCGCCUUGGACAUGUCGUCGUAGGUGCUGUGGCCGUUGGACCCGCUCGACGUGGUGGACGGAUGGUCUGUCGUGGUGUUGGAGUGCGAAAACGUGUCACUCUCGGGCCGGUCCUUGAACGAUUGUUCUGGCGACGGGUACUGCUGGCCGUUCUGCUGCUCAAACACGGGAACCUCUGUCAUGUUGAAAAACGAGUACUGGUUCGUGUCGGCCUUGUAGAUCUCGUCCUCUUUCAUCAGUUUGUCCAGGAAUUCGGUACCGUCCUCGUACAGAAUCUCCUCAAACCCUUUGGUCGUGAUGAGCGGCGUUUCGACGGUCUCUCUCGCGGCUGGAGUCUUGACAGAAGAAGUGCUGUCCGUGGUGGUGGCACCGGCCAGCUCCUCACGGCCCGGAAGAGUAUUCAACAUCUUGGCCUGUGGAUACGAAAAGUCGCCGUUCAACGACUGGUCCUCGCUGGUAAUCUCGUAGUUGCUCAAAAAGUUCUCAAAUUGUUCCUGCUUGGUGUUCUUGAAGAAAUUGAAGAAAAUCUUGAUGAUCAAAGACACUCUCCAACAGCAGAAGAAAUCGGCCUUCAACCGCACGCUGUUCAAAUAGUAUUCCUUCAAGUAGUGGAACAUGAUGAUCAAGAACUGGUCGUUAGUGUUCCGGUUCAGGUCGAUGUUGAGCCAGUUCAGCACCAUCACCGAGUCCACAGAAUUGCCAAACCGUUUCAGCAACACCUCAAAUUUGAGAUGGUCCGUGGUGAAGUUCUGCAGGAAAAUAGACAUCGUCCACAGCACACCCCUCUGGAAACAGGCCUGGAUCUUGCUGGCAAAGCAGUUUUCAGAUCCGUUGAAGAACCGUCUGAAGUUUUGGUGGAACUUGGUCUCGCCGUGGAUCGUUUCGGACUCAGUCAAAUACUUGACGAAAUCAAACGUGAACUUGAACAGAAUCAGAGCCGGCUCGGUCGCCUUAAUGGCCUGUUCCAACUUCUCUUCCUCGUCAUCGUCGUCGGCAUACAGGAACAGCAAGUAAUGGAGAGCGUUCAGUAG